UGGGCACGACCUGACCAGUGCCACCCCGACUUAGAGCGGACUGUGACCCCAGACACAGCGUGAGACGUGUAGGGCAGCCAGUCAGACGAGCAGUUCUCGCCGCGUGUGGUGUUGCGCCCCACGUGCCUCUUACCCGUAAAUAUUUACUGACUUGAACACUUGUGAAGGUGAGGUAGACUUAGCACCAGCACGGCAGGGGCUGGUGUCCACUACUCGUACCGUGUGUCAGCGCAGCACCACAACAGUCAGGACGGAGCACCGCGGCGUCGCCGUCAGCGCCACCAUCGCUACUCUCGGUUAUAGGAGUGUGGCGGGUACGGCCGAGUUCGGCGACCUGGCACUACUGGCCAACGCUGUGGCCAUGAAGGGUGAAGAGGAUGGCGGAGUAGCGGCCCUUGCGCCCCUGGUACCUCCCGAGGAGGCCCCACCGCCGCCCAUCACCGAGGUGCCGACAGAUGCUCCGACAGGAGUCGCCGCCCCUAAUGUCAAUAGCGAGAAGACUUCUGGAGGUGGUAAGCGAGGUGGAGCCCGACGGCAGGAGAAGCCACCAUAUUCUUACAUUGCACUCAUCGUAAUGGCUAUCCAGAGCUCCCCACAGCGGCGCCUGACGCUCUCCGAGAUUUACCAGUUCCUGCAGCAGCGGUUUGCUUUUUUCCGCGGUUCCUACACUGGUUGGAAAAACUCUGUGCGCCACAAUCUCUCCCUCAACGAGUGUUUCAUCAAGCUGCCAAAAUCCAUGGGGAGACCGGGCAAGGGUCACUACUGGGCUAUCGACCCUACGGCCGAACUCAUGUUUGAAGAGGGAUCCUUCCGCCGCCGUCCCAGAGGGUUUCGCCGGAAGGUUCAGGCGAUGAAGCCGUACCCCCUCUACCAGGGCGCGGCAACCUCCCUGCCAGGGCCCUACGAUGUGUGCGGCCCUCAACUGUCAACGGCCACGCAGUAUGGCCAGUAUCCCUCCUACCAGGACUACGCCAGUUACCCACAGCCACCCACGUCCUACGGGGGCAACAUGUACACCGCCUCCUGCUCGCUACCCUCCUACAGCGGCGGCGGCGUGGGAGAAUAUCCACCCGCCUCCCCCGGCGUCUACACCAGCAUGACGCCCGCCGCGCCCCUCCCGCCAAUGGGCGCCCUUGGUGACCGAGAUAUGUGGUCAGCCCUAACGCCCAACACCACGCCCACCCUCACACCCACGGCAGCCUACGUCAAGCAGAGCAACAGCCCGACAGGCUCUCCCGGUCCCCUGACGCCGCCUGGGAGUGAGGGUGUGAGCGGGUAUAUGGGCGUGACACAGGACCACACGCCUCUGCACACACCCACAAUCACCAACACCGCCCACGUCUCCGCCUACCAGCCCCCACAUCACCACCAUCAUCACCACCAUCACCACGACCUAGCGGCCCUCCACGGUAUGAGAGGCAUGACUCAACAACAACAGCCGCAGCAGCAUCCCCAACAGCAGCUACAACAGCAACAACAUCAACAAGCACAGCAACAGAUGACGUCAUCGGUGGUGGCACCAACAUACGACAAGCGACUCUGGACUCCGCCCUCAUCCAUGUCGGGGGGCGGAGCUCUUACGCCCACUCAAUCUGCUAUAGGUAGCAGCCUCUGCCCGUCGCCCACUCACCUUCUCCCUCACCACCAAGCCACACCCACACCUACCCCAGCUCCGCCCAACUAUUACGACUCGAUCAAGUAUUCAAUGUAACCGAUUGCGACCGAGGGAUGUGAAGAUGACUUCCUUCAUAUAAUUUAUCUUCACGAUUUCCUUUUUAAUAUAUAUAUUUUUUUCUAUAAGUUUGUUGACGUGUAAGGAGUCAGUGUAAAUAAACCUAACUGCUUAUUAACGUUAAGGUUGGUGUGUGUAAUUCGGGUUAGCCCAAACUAUGAAAGAUAAUUUCUCUAAUAUCUUUUACAUUUAUGAUUUUUUUCCAUAUACAAAUUAUUUAAAAACAAAACUUUCCGCCGGGAACUUGUGCAAUUACUACAUUACACAAUAGACGUUUCAAAUAGAUUCCCUUAUAGAAUUAAAACAAAUAUAUUCUGGCUCCAAAAAAUAUGCUUAUGGCAAAUCUUGUAUUUUUUUCUUUUUUUAGACAACGAUAAAAGAUAUGUGGACUCGUACUAGCUAUGAAUUUCAGUAUGAUAAUUGUAUUCCUCGACUUUGACCUGUACUGUAUUUGUUGUAUUCUUGUACUGACCUUCAUAGCCUUAUAUAGUGAUCAGUUAAUGGAAUCCCGAGAUCAGAUGAUGGACUCACAGUAUUAGCUGAUGGACUCACAGUACCAGUUGAUGGACUCGUAGUAUCAGCUGACAGAGUUCUGGCCUCAAUAAACGCAAAACGACGCAGCUAGUAGCCCAAAGAACAAGCCAAGUGAUGUUAAGACUCCCGUUAGUUCCUUCUCUCAGAAAUCCAUUUUUUUUUAUUAGAAAUCGGUAUCAUUGUUGUUAUUUUCUGACAGCAGUUGUUCAUGGAUAACUUGUCAUAAUACUAGUAUAAUUCCUCCAGCUAUCUAUCUCUCUCUCUCUCUCUCUCUCUCUCUCUCUCUCUCUCUCCACUAAAUUCAGAUCACAUUAACAUUUUUGUUUAUAUUUUGAAAGAUUAUUCAAAUCUAUUAAUGAACUUGAGAUUGACGUGACGUGAUCAGGAUUAGUCUCGUACCUAUUAUGAUAUUUCUAGUGAAUCUUGAAAUAUUCCUAUAGUGCUUCUUAAAAUAUCCUUCAGGAAUUUUGGAAUUUUUUUAGAGGAAUUUCUCGUAAUCUUGGAACAUUCCUAGAUAAUUCUCGUAAAUUUGGGAAUAUUUCUUAAGGCAUUACUUAUGAAUUCUUGAGUAUUUCUAGAGACAUUUAUCGUAAAUCUUGAAUUUUGUCAGGUAUCUAAUUUAAUACUUAUGGAAUAUUUGCCAUGAGUCUUAGGAUACUAUUCGUGAAUCAUAGAAGAUUCCUAAGAGAUAUUAUUCGUGAAUAUUGAAAUAUUUCUCGAGUUGCUGAUCAUAAAUCUUAGAACUCUCAAGUAAAUCAUUCAAAGCAAGAAAUCCUGUAUUAUAUAACAAUUAAUCAUUCAUGCCGUGUGAGUUUGGAUGAUUCUCAAAGGUUCCUGGUAUACAAAUACUCAAAGUACUGAAACAGUAUAUAGUGAAAAGUACAAAAAAAUGUAUCUUUCAAUUGUAUUUAGUUCAUGUUAGCCUGUUAUAGCCUGCAUGCAUAGUUACUUUCUCUUACAAGAGGUUGAUAAUUCUCGGAGGAAUUCUCAAAGGUAACUUUGCGUACAAAUUCCCUAACAACAUGAAAACCAAGGUUUAAAGAAAAAUUUACGAAAGUUAUAGAAAAAAUAUCCAUUGACAAGUACGUGGCGUAUUUUGUCUAAAUACAGAAAAAUACACCAUUGAAAAGUCUCAAAGUAUUUUGGUAUAGAAAUGUUUUAGAGAGGAAUUAUGAGAGCCAUAGAGAGCGAGAGAGAGUAUCCAGUGAGAUGUAUACAAUGUAUCCAUUAUCUUAAGAGUUUUAAAGUAUAUAAAAGGUAUUGAGUGGAAAGUAUAAGAAAGUCUACCUACAUUUUAAGUAUUAAAAUAUAGGAAACUACGAAAGAAAACUAUGAUAGGUAAAAUAAAUUUAUAAAAUUAAAAGUAUUAAAACUGUUAAUCUUCAAUUUUAGUUUCAAAAUGUAGAAAAAGUAUGGAUAAAUAUAGAAAAAGUAAUAAGUAAAAAUUACAGCAAAAUCUAUUUACGUGUUUAAACCCAAAGUAUAAAAAUAAAGUAUCCAAUGUAAAAUAAUAACAAUACUUAUUUACUUUUUUAUUCGCAAAUACUUUGGAGGAAGUUCAUCUCUCUUCCAUUUGUUGUUGUUUGUUUGUUUGUUUGUUUGUUUGUUGCUGUUGUUGUUGUUGUUGUUGGGUCACUCAGUAAGAUGGAGUGACUGGGAUACUUGAUCGCGUUAACCUCUAAUUUCAUGACAGAUUUAAACGUCUAAAUCUAAUUAUCUGAAGGAUUUAUAUGUCUAAAUCUAUAUACCUGACAGAUGUAUGCGUCUGAACCAAUCCUAUGAAGAACUGAUACGUCUAAAUCAAAUUCUAUUGUGCCUUUAUGCGUCUAAAUCCAUUCUUAGGUGGUUUUGUGCUCCUAAAUCAACUUGUAACGGAUUUAUACGUCUAAAUCUAAUUCACUGACAGAUUAAUGCAUCUAAAUCUGAUUUCAUGAAGGAUUUCUGCAAAUAGAUUUCAUUUCUAAAAGUUAAAAGUCUAAAUCUUAAUCUCUGUGACAGUGUCGGCGGAGCUGGGGUAGGCCUACUUCAGGCAUGACUUUUUUAUGACUCAAAUUCGAGAUUUAUUUAAUUAAUAUUUUGUAAGAAAAGGUAAAAAAAAAAGUUUUAUAUUUAAAAAAAAAAUCUAAGGUUAGUUCACCCAUAGCUAGAGGAAGUGAGUUUUGUGGUUCGAAACUAAAGAAAACACAUGACAAAAGUUUCUGUAUUUUUCUUUCGUGCAUGAACGCCGAAAUUCUAUGAAAAGAAAUGUAGGCCUAUAUAAAAAUAUAACAUAUUUUAUUAGAGGAAGCACGGCCGAUUUGUUUUUUUAUUCUAUUUGGUGCAAAGUGUUCAAAUCCUGGGACAUGGCAUGGGGUAACAGACCUUAUCAAUGUGGUAAAUAAGGUUCCUUUUGUCUUGCCAGGUUUUUUUUAUAUAGAAUUUGUAAGAAAGACAGAAGUAUAAGGUUACUCGAUGGUACAGUCCCAACUCGUUGAUGCACGACUGGCUGCAACUAAGUCAAAUAAAUCAUCCAGCAGCAGCUUGCCGCUCAUUGGAGUAAGCCAAUCAGCGAGCUUGCCGCUAUUUGUUAUCAACCAAUCUACGAGUUUACCGCUCGUUAUAAUAUAUAGACCAAUCAGCGAUCAUGCCUCUCUUUGGAAUCUACCAAACAAUGAGCGUGUCACUCUUCGGAAUCAACCAAUCAGCGAGCUUACAGCUCUUUACAGUCAACCAAUCAGCAGGUUUUGCCGUUAAUAUGAACCAUGCAGCCAGUUAGCUCUCGCCAACGAGGUCGGGUUGUACGACUUGUAUAGCUGUUAAGUUAUUAUUUUUCUGUAAUAAUUUCUUGUUGGUUCUCAAGUCAUCACUCACAGAACAAGAGGUUGUAGCCACUCUGUUAUAUAGAGUAUUUUCUUCUGUGGUCACAAGCGCCAUGGUUAUACCUUUGUUUUAACAUUUUUGGGGCCUAACAAACAAACAGAUAUACAAAUGCAGGCUAUUACCUUUUGUUGGCUCGUUAUUAUCAUUGCUAUAUUAUAGUAGCUUAAUAUUAUUGUGCUGCUCUCUCUCUCUCUCUCUCUCUCUCUCUCUCUCUCUCUCUCUCUCUCCUCCCAUUAUACCAGUAAUAACUUGGGUUUGUGAAGGCCUGACAAUUUCUCGUUCAUGUUAAAACGAUGAAGAAUAAAACAGUGAAUA